AGCCUAAAGGGUUCGGCAAGGACUUCUAUCGCUUAUUUUUGAAUGUCCUUGAUCGACUGUUCUUCCUAGAUGUAGUAGCACCGACUGCUCUGUUCCACUUCCAUGUCCGCUAUUUGUGGCAUUCUCUACAGUGUACUACGUACUAGUACUCGGACUUCGUAUAUUAAUACACUCCUGACCACUGGAUUUCAUUUUUUUUCAAAGUGCCAGCAAUGAACUGAACGAAGGACAAAUAUGAUGUUUCUGACGCGUUUUUUCCUAAUGCGUCACUGCCUUCAGCGCUUGAGGUGAACGCACCCAGCACACUAGAUCGUACACUGCUCCUGGGUAUUCUAGUUUUACGUUCUCGCGGCCUGAAAAACUCUGAGUCAUUUGACACUCACCAGCUGCUGGCGCUGUACCAUUCGAGUUGGAGGAAGGUGAAGAUAUCUCUUUGAAGGUGCGCUAAUUCAUGCGACCGCAGAGUAUUCCCUGCAAGAACUACAACACCGGAUCAUUUUUGCUUUUCUCCUGCAAAGCUCAUCCACGCGGUCGCGAGUGGCAAGACGACCAGGAGAAUCGCAGAGGAACGCAAAACGCGAUAGUAGAAGAAGUUUGAUCGGCACACAGGCUGGUCCCUGAGGACGUAGACCCUAACGAAUGGUUCUGAAGCCUCUCCUUUCGGCUAAACGUUUUGCAAGAAAAUGAAAAUAUUAGGUCUAUUCGCUGCGGACUCGGAGAGACAUGACCAGGAGUAACACGUAGUAGAGUAUCAUGAACAUCAAUUAAAAAACUGAAGACGCUACUCAGAAGUAUUAGCACGACGCACACACGCCUACACCGAGGCUGCUUGUCAGCUGAUUUGUAAGUAGCCGGCGUGCUUUCCCUUUACACUGACGAGGAAUAAGUCAACAUCUACUUCGUCCACAGCGGCCGCGCAAGCAUCGUCAGCUAGGAGCUUUUUUCUUUCAACGACCUUCACUUUCCUGUGUCUUUGACCUUCGCUCUGUGAGCUUCGUUCAUCUGUAGUACAACUACUGCAGACGAGAUGGCGACAACGGAAACCAGCAUUUUGCUACUCCCAGAUGUACCAAACAUCGAGGAGACAGCAAAGGAGGCAUUGAUAAAAACCAAAGGUGUCAUAGGUGUCGCAGUUCACCACUUUGAGGGCUUGGCGAACAAAGACGGAAUAUGCAGCAAAAGAUGGUAAAUAGAAAGAGAAACACAGUUUGAAGAGAUGAUUGUUGCUGAGGAGUUUUAUUUUGUAGUCGUAUCUUUAAUGAAUUGCGUGAAGUCAUCAGACGAUCUGCGAACAACAAAAACUGACCUACAACUCCAGGUAUGCCGCUGUAACCUUCAACAACUUGAAGGUAACGCAGGACAAGCUGCGUUCAACAAUACAAGAGAAUGCGGAGGCGAAAGUGAUAGUCGCUACAAGGGGGAAAAUCAACAAUUUUUUGAUGGGUGGAAGCAGCUGCUCCUCAUCAAGUAGCACGAAAUCAACAGAGGCAGAGAGCAGCACCGAACUAAAAUCAAUGGCGAAUACAGAGUAAAGAUUUUUUUCUUUUCGAAGGAGUAUUUUAAUUCUAUUCUUAUGAAUUAUAAAUAUUGAUUGUAUAAUAACAAUCAUAUAUGUACCAGGGAGGGAGGCCCCCCCCUGUGGAUGGAUCUUGGGUGGACCACGCCAGAGGGGCCCAGCCUUGCCACCUUUGCCAGGUCUGUCGAGGGGCUGUCGGGCGGGAAGGUCCAAAGCGCCCACUUCUGACCCCUUCCCGCUUCUUGCAUGUACCCUACAGACCUGGCAGACGAGGCAAGGCGGGAACCCACCCCCUUGGCGUAGGGUUGGGCUCAUGCAACACGCCAGAGGGUUCCAGCCUUGCCACCUUUGCCAGGUCUGUCGGGUACAUGCCGCACGCCAAGGGGGUGGGUCCCGCCUUGCCUCCUCUGUCGGGUACACGCAACACGACAAGAGGGCCCAGCCUUUGCCACCUUUGCCAGGUCUGUCGGGUACAUGCAAGAAGCGGCAAGGGGUCAGAAGUGGGCGCUUUGAGGCCUUCCCGCCCGGCAGCCCCUCGAAAAGAGAGGCCGGGGCGGGGAGGCCCCCCCCCCUCAAAAAGUUAGAUCGGGGGGGGGCCUCCCGCCCUGAGCCCUGGAACAUAUAUAACAUUUCAACGUUCAUUUUGAUCAUCUAUUUUUUGGCCUUCUUGAAUUUACUUCCAUGAUGUACGACUCAAAUGGCGAAAAAAAGCUGAAAACAAGGCCGUAAUCAGAAUUAAUCCUAGCUCUCACGACUUCUAGUUCUACUUGUAUUGGAACGACCUUUCAGAUCUUAUAAUCUAGCCGACGAAGAAGAUUCAAGUGCUGAGGUUCACACACCAGCGGGAUAUGACGAUGAGCUAGAUGAAUGGUGGGGAAGAGACGACUCAGAUAGUGAGAACGAAGACGGCGGCGGGCCGCAGCCGGCGACAUAUCUCGAGGAAGGUGAGACAUUAAGGACUCUCGAUAGCUUAAGUACCUCAAACAAGUUGCAACUGUUUACCUGGUACUCAAAGUUGUUUACGCUGAACGAGGCUGCAGCUAUAGAGUUAAGGAUUAGAACCCGCUUUGCGAAAGCCAAGAUGAAAAUUGAGCAGAAAGACCUUCGGUAUCUUAAACCAACAAAAAAACCUCAUCAACUAUCUACCAGAUGAAGGAAAGAAACGGGCACAUAUGAAUUUCUUCGCGCCAUUAGUCGGCGUGAUGGGUAUAGACGCGGCAGCAACGAUGGCAGACGCGUAUUCACUUAUAAAUAUAAUGUAUGAGCUACUCAUCAAACUCAAUAUAGAGACAAGUUGAAGUUGGAAAGGAAGAUCAAGAUAAUGAUCUUUAUGUAUCCCGAAUCAUAAUCAUUGAUCUGUUUUUUGUAUCAAAAGUGGUUUUUCGUUUUCAAGCACUUUUUGUUCUACUCGCACUCACGGUGCUCCGGAUGCUUUCUCACCUACAACAUAGACAUGACACUACAGUGCGGCGAACCCGCUCCAAGUGCGGCCAUUCGGGAUCAAAGAAAGCGAGGACCCAGCAAAGCAAUCUUCCUGGUGGGGAAACCUAUUCUCUUCGAAUAAGUAA